AUGCUGACUCUGAACUAUGGAACUACAGUGGAACUCGAUGACGACUGCAAUCCUGAUAAGACGGGACCAAGUGUUGUAUUAGACUGGACUAAACCAGAGGGGAAUGCAUCAGAAAGGGCAUAUGCCGCAGCCGCAUACCUGCCACACCUGGAAAAAUUCACCAUACCAAGGCUCGAGCUACUAGGCAUAACCCUAGCCACUAAAAUAGUUCAGUUUCUAAUACAGCAACUAACCAUAACACCUAGUUCAGUUCAACUGCUGACCGAUUCGCAGAUAGCGUUGUAUUGGAUUCACUCCAAUAAGCAGUUGAAAACAUUCACUAACAAUAGGGUUAGAGCCAUAAAAGAAGUACUUGAUGAACUUACCAAAGCCGUUCGUUUAUUCCAUUUUAGAUGCACUAACUCAUACUCCAGACUACUUCGAAUCACGAGCUACGUACUAAAAUACAUUGCAAACCUCAGAGCUAAAAUAAAAAGAAAGCCGAAAGCCAAACUCUCUAGUUCAGCAUUGUUAGAUCAGGUCUCAACAGCGACCUUAGUGAACCCGCGCGACUCUGAAGCAGCUAGACUCCUCUUACUUCGCGAACACUAUCGCGAGGGAGCAGCACAGCUUCAAAGCCAUGCGAAGGUAUUCCAGUUAAUCGAAGACAACGGCAUAUACAAGGUACAUUUACGGAUGGCGAACGCUGAAGUAGACGCGUUAUCAAAAACACCAAUACUUCUACUUCAGAAGCAUCCGCUCACAAGGCUGAUAAUUCUCGACUACCAUCAAAAACUCUUUCAUGCGGGCUCAGCCCAUCUCACAGCAGCCUUGCGGAAUGACUAUAUCAUACCAAAGAUUCGCUCGUAA